CGCGACACAUGCAAGAUGGGAUUAUGCACAUUCAGUCGAUGCAUUUUCAAAGCCCCUAGCAUGCCCAAAGGGGAAGGCCCCAUCCAUGAUCUCAAUGGAUCAAAACACCCCGAUAUAAAUCGCCAUCUCAGGGAUAGACAUGAAGUGAAAAUGUAUACAUUCAACUCGAACAAAUCCUGUAUCAUGGAGUUUAAUCGUCAACCUAGCAUAAACCACGACUACUUAUGCAUCUGUGGUAGCCGUUUUCAGACAUAUGGAGGAAUAAGGAGGCAUAUCGUCGGAAGGACUAACAAACGUCCUUGUCCGACAGCACCUACUAUCACCACCGUUAAGCAAUUCAAGAAGGAAUAUGCUGCUCGAUUAAGUUCUGCCAUCUCCAACGCAGUCGCUGCUUCCAAAGAAAUUGUUGCUCUCAAUAAAACAUCUAUAUCCAACGAAAUCAUUGAUCCCAACAAAACACCUGCAUCCAACAAAAUGUCUACUACUAAUAAAACAUCUGCUUCUGGCGAAACAUCUUCCAACAAAUCAUCGCCCAAUAAAACGUCUACAUUCAACAAAACGUCUGCUUCUGACGAAGCAUCUUUUUUCAUCAAAAUACCUACUACCAAUAAGUCGUCUACUUCAGGCAAACACUCUGCUCCCAAUAAAACCCCACCCAUUAGUAAAGCCUUAACCUCCAACAAUACUAUUACCACUUCAACUUCCAUCCCCACUCGCGCCUCCCCUAGGAUACUUAAGCACCACGGCUCCGUCCUCACUUCCAUAUCUAUUCCCAAUUCUGUCCCUACCCCCGUCCCAACCCCUACUUCCAUUUCUACUACUAUUCCCACUACUACCAUCUCAAGUUCCAUCUCCAUUCCAAGCCCUGCUCCCAUCGCCACUUCAAGUUCUGCUUCCACUGCUUCAUUUAUUCCAAAUCCUAUCACAACUUGCAUAUCUGCUCCCGCUGAUGCCCUCAGGCCUAACUGCAGCCUUGCUGAAAGCGGGUCGGAGCUUUUAAAGAGACUUCAAAGAAUUGAGGAAUCGCAAGAACGCAUCGAAGCAUAUUUGAGAAGGCUUAUUCGAAGAAAACGAACGAAAAGACAUAGGCAUAGAUGUGAGGAUGGCUUUGGAUAUGACUAUGAUUAUGAGCAUGAGCAUGGGUAUGAGCAUGAGCAUGGGUAUGGGCAUGAUCAGGGAUUUGAACAACAGAUUAAAAAACGAAGAGUUAGUAAUAACGAAAUUACUGCUACCAUUAGCCAUAAUAGCAGCAGUUGUAGCAGAACUAGCCGUGGUGUUCACCAUCAGGAAAAGAAUCGUCCUUUUUCUCUACCGACAACAAUUGAGAUUGAUUGA